AUGAAGAAUAAAGAAAAAAUACUGUCAUCGACAACUGCAACUACGUCAAGCUCUGCAACUAGAAUUACCCGUUCUAGAAAUAAUAUCAUAGAGGAAAUGGAAAAACGACUGUCUAUAUGGAUUGACGAAAUUGACCGCAAUAUACCAUUAAGCCAAUCUAUCAUAAUGGAAAAAGCUAGAAGAAUUUUUAAUUACAUUAAGGCUGAGACAAUUGACAAAAGUGAAACUUUCGUUGCUAGUCGAGGAUGGUUUAAUAGAUUUAAACAUCGAAAUAACCUUCACAACAUAAAGAUUACAGGAGAAGCAGCAAGUAGUGAUACAAAAGUGGCGGCUGAAUUUCAAGCGAUAUUAAAAAAAAUAAUUGAAGAAGGAAACUAUCCUCCAGAAUUGGUUUUUAAUGUUGAUGAAACAUGCUUGUUUUGGAAAAGAAUGCCGAAACGAACAUUUCUAUCCCGUGAAGAGAAACGGGCACCAGGAUUUAAAGCUGCAAAAGAUCGCUUAACCCUUCUACUAGGUGGUAACGCAAGCGGAGAUUUUAAAUUAAAACCAUUACUAAUUUACCAUUCCAAAAACCCAAGAGCGAUGAAAGGCAUAUCUAAAUCAACUUUACCUGUAAUUUUGGAGUCUAAUACAAAAUCAAGGAUAACUGCGAAAAUUUUCCAGGAUUGA